GCUCCUCCCCGUCGCUCUCUCCGGCUUUGUACCCAGAGCUGAACGCACGCCGCGGCUAAACCUUCUCCACCAUCCCGGAGCUGCUAAACAUCGGAAAAUGGCUCUUCACGUCCCCAGAGCUCCGGGCUUUGCCCAGAUGUUAAAGGAUGGCGCCAAGCACUUUUCAGGGCUUGAAGAGGCCGUCUUCCGCAACAUCAGAGCCUGUAAGGAACUUUCUCAGACCACACGCACUGCGUAUGGGCCAAACGGCAUGAACAAAAUGGUCAUCAACCACCUGGAGAAGCUGUUUGUCACCAAUGAUGCAGCAACGAUCCUCAGAGAGCUUGAAGUGCAGCAUCCAGCGGCCAAAAUGAUUGUGAUGGCAUCCCACAUGCAAGAGGAGGAAGUUGGGGACGGCACAAACUUUGUUCUGGUCUUUGCUGGAGCCCUGCUGGAGUUGGCUGAGGAGCUGCUGAGGAUGGGCCUGUCUGUGUCAGAGGUGAUUGAAGGAUAUGAGAAGGCAUGUAAAAAGACUCUGGAGAUUUUGCCAGACUGUGUAUGUUCUGAAGUCAAAAACCUCCAUGACAUCAACGAGGCUACGUCAUGUAUCCGCACAGCAGUCAUGAGCAAACAGUACGGCAAUGAAGACUUCCUCGCCAGCCUCAUCGCACAGGCCUGUGUAUCCAUCUUCCCAGAGUCUGGCCAUUUCAACGUCGACAACGUCAGAAUCUGCAAGAUUUUGGGUUGUGGUGUGACUGCAUCCUCCAUGCUACAUGGUAUGGUUUUUAAGAAGGAGGCAGAGGGAGACGUCACAUCUGUUAAAGACGCAAAGAUCGCGGUCUUCUCCUGCCCCUUUGACUGCAUGGUGACGGAGACCAAGGGCACAGUGCUGAUCAAUAAUGCACAGGAGCUCAUGGACUUCAGUAAGGGAGAGGAGGAUUUGAUGGAGGUUCAGGUGAAGGCCAUCAAGGAGGCCGGUGCCAACAUCGUGGUCACUGGGGGGAAAGUGGCUGACAUGGCGCUGCAUUAUGCCAACAAAUACAAGCUCAUGGUGGUCAGGCUUCACAGCAAGUGGGACCUGAGGAGGUUAUGUAGGACAGUGGGAGCUGUAGCACUGCCCAGGAUGACGGCGCCAACCCCUGAGGAGAUGGGUCACUGUGACAGUGUGUACCUGAGCGAGGUGGGCGACACACAGGUGGUCGUCUUCAAACACGAGACAGAGGACAGUGCCGUCUCUACAAUUGUGAUCAGAGGCUCCACUGACAACUUAUUGGAUGACAUUGAGAGGGCUGUAGAUGAUGGAGUCAACACCUUCAAAGUUCUUGUCAGAGACAAGCGACUGGUUCCUGGAGCCGGAGCCACUGAGAUUGAGUUGGCCAAACAGAUCACUUCAUACGGAGAGUCCUGCCCUGGUCUGGAACAGUACGCCAUUAAAAAGUUUGCUGAAGCCUUCGAGGCGUUGCCACGUGCACUGGCUGAGAACUCUGGCGUGAAGGGGAGCGAGCUCAUCUCUAAGCUGUACUCGGCUCAUCACGAGGGCAACAAAAACAUGGGCUUUGACAUCGAGGGAGACGGCCCCGCUGUGAAGGACAUGCUGGAAGCCGGCAUUCUGGACCCAUUCCUGGUGAAAUACUGGGGCAUCAAAAUGGCCUCCAAUGCUGCCAUCACAAUACUUCGAGUUGACCAGAUCAUCAUGGCUAAAGCAGCAGGGGGGCCGAAACCACCACAGGGCAAAAAAGACUUUGAUAACGACGACUGAGGGAGACGCCGUCGCGCCCUCAACGCUCCUCCCACAUAAAUUCACAAGCCCUUUUCUACUUGUUUAUUUAAAGCUCAUCAGUUCGGUUUGUUUUGUAGAAAUGACCGCACACUGGUCAACGAAUUAUGAUGUGACAGUAAAAGGAUGGCACUGUUUGCUUUUUGUUCCUCGUCCCAAAUAAAAGGCACUUGCGCCGUCAUGUG